AUGGGCGGUGGACUCCUUCAAAUGUGGCGGGAAGUUAAGGUUGUCUUUAUCCCCAAACCGGGUAAAUGCAGCUAUGGCAAUGCGAAAGCCUACAGACCAAUCAGCCUAAGCUCCUUCUUGUGGAAGACGCUGGAAAGGCUGGUCGACAGGCACAUUAAGGAGAGGGCACUGAGGUCUAACCAGAUAUGCUCCUCACAACAUGUUUACCAAUCUGGCAGAUCAACUGAGACUGCGCUUCACCACUUGGUAGGCACAAUAGAAAAUGCAAAGGAAAGGGGGGAGGACACCCUUGGUGUCUCCAUAGACAUCGAAGGGGCCUUCGACAACACCUCCGUUGAUACGAUGGAGAAAGCUGCGCCAUCUUUUGGGAUCGAGGAGUCGGUCAUCAAAUGGAUAGCCGCCAUGCUCCGAACUAGAGUUGUCCACUCCACCUUUGGGGACAGUGCGGUAAGGGCUGUGGCGGGGAGGGGCUGCCCGCAGGGGGGGUUAUCGCCCCUCUGGUAUGGCUCCUCGUUGUCGACUGCCUCCUCACUGGACUCGAGGAGCUCGGGGUAA